AUGAAGAAUGAUGUCCUUGUUGAUUUCUACUUGGUUAGUAUUAAAGCACAAAUGUGUGAACUACAGUUGGUAGGACUUAACGAAGAUGAUACACAGUAUGGAGUCGUAAUGCGAGCUGUUGAGUCUGUUCGACGCGAAGUAGGCUCAAUCACAUUUCGUUUACUUAAUGCUGCUCUACCUACAAACGCUCGUCACAAACGUCUUUUUCGAACCAAGUAUAUUGAAGACGUGGACUUACGAAAUAUCGAAAACUGCCUGUUGUCAGCUGCAAACAAAGUAAUUAAUUUUAAUUCAAGCCAGUUCCAUGUCGAAUGUGAUCUAAGACCUGCUAAAUCAAGCGCCUCAGAAUUUUUAGAUACACAUGGUCGUGUUCAGGCACUUGUUGCCCAUACUAUUGAAUCAUGUUUAGAUAGCUUGUCUUCAAACCACACUGAAGAUGGAAAACUGAAACUCGACGAACAAACAUCAAAUAAUUCAACAGAACAGGACAAUGUUCAAUCAAGUUAUAAUAUCCCGUGUAAAACGAAAGAUAUUUCAGGUUGUCAGAGGAAAAAUAUUCAGGGAAAUAGAAAUUUAGUUGAAGGGGAUUCCAGUGAAUUUUUCAACACGCAUAGGAUAAAUUCACCCCGAUUGUCAUCGCCUGUUUCAAGCGAUUCCAGUCAUUCGAAUUCCUUGGAACAACAAUCAACUGUAAUAAGUGAUGAAAAUUCUAAAAUAAUCAAUGUAUCUGUACAACUUAGAAUAGCUUCAUUUAUUUACGCAACACCAGUAAAAUUGCCUUCAUCAAAAUUUCUAACAAUUUCACCAGAAUUAUUUCAUACUCUACUAGAAUUAGACUAUUGUGCCGCACGAUUUGAAUUUGAUUUUGUACGAUGUGUUUCACGUCGGAUUAGAACAUUACAAGAGGCUGAUGAUGUUCAGAUAGUCACUGUACUAUUCUCUGAAACUUUAAUGUGGGGAUUAACUGUUGAACUUCUAUCCAUACAACAAUUAACUGAUCGAGAUCCAUGUGUUUUACUCGCUUUACCUCGAUUAAGUAUAUUAGUCGGUUGUCGUCUACUACCGGAUUCUCCUAUUGGUGCUAAUCGUCUAGCAGUUGGUCAUCGUUUACCAUUCAUGUUCAGUUCGUCUCGUUCUGAAUUAGCCUAUUUAUGCAGACAAUUGUUUGCUCUUCGACCAGAUCAAUUAUGUCGAUUAACGCGAUGGCUUGGUCCAAACGGAUUACCGAAUUUGAUUUACAAUCAAAAAAUAUCAUCUAGAUUAUCAGAUUCUGAACAGCAAACAAAUUCAAAUUGUUCUUUACAGGAAUUACCUAAUGAAAUUAAAACAACCACUACUACUACUCGUGGAGCUCGACUGUCUUUGUCAUCUCUUUUAACACCUAGUUUAGUUCCUAAUAACUUAAGUGCUUCAUACCAGAAAAGCCAUAUAUGGAAAACUUGUCUUCCUGGUUUACAUCGAUUAUAUAAAUCCAUUUCGUCUGUGGCUGAUCGAUUCGCUAGAGAAUAUCCUACAGAGUUACGGUUUAUUUUACAGAAAGUAAUUGAAAUGCAUGAUACCAGUGAUGAGAUCGAGAUUGUUGAAUCUUCUGACUCUUCUUCUAUGGAUAAUAGUAAUAAUAAUUUGCAAAAUGCCAAUCCAAUUCUUUCUAACAAUACAUCUGAUAAUAUUGUUGAUAUGAGUAUAGAAGAAAUUAAAAAUAGACAAUUGAUUGAUGAAGAGAGUGAAUUAGAAGAAGAAUUAGAAUUGAAUUUAUUUAAUCUAAUGGCAAGUGAAAGAAAACUUCGUGAUUUAGCUAAUUUAUUCAAUUGGGAUGAAGUAAUGCAAUAUCAUCAUCGUGACAAAUUAUCAUCGUCAUCAUCAUCAAAUCAAUUUAAUGUACAUAAAUUAUUUAAAGAGUCUAAUUUAUAUUUACGAAAUUGUACUACUAAUUCUGCUGUGAAUACUAGUAGUAAAUUUCCUUAUUCAGUCGAUUCAGAGACCAGUAAUUGUUUAAUAAAAUCAUCAGAACCAAUCCAUAAACACACUGGAUUAAUAUCAGCAGAUAUUUUGAUUGAUGAAAAAACGACAGUUCCUAAUAGUAAUGUUACGACAACUACUACUACCCCAGGUAUUGGGCAAACUGUUGAUGAGAUUGGCUUGGAUAUUGCAGCCUGUUUAGAUGAUAAUGAUGUGGACAAGUUGACAAUAUUCACAAAUCCAAAGUCAGUUUCACCUGUGAAUAGUAAUCAUAACCAACGCAGCACAUUUUCACAAAGGCUUCAAGCAUUAAAUUUAAGUAUUUCCUUUGAAGGAACACAAAAUCCCACUGAUCAUAUAUUCAAUUAUCUACCAGCAUGGCAACCUGACUCACCAUCUUAUGAAAAUCAGAUUGAUCGAUUGAAAAUUGAUAAUCAUGACGAUGAUGAUGAUUCAAUUGAUUUUGAUGAUUUACAAUGUUCUUAUAUUGUUGGACGUAAUUGUGCUUCAUGUAAUCGUCCAUUCACAUUAAUUUGGCGACGUCAUCAUUGUCGUCGUUGUGGUCAUAUAUUUUGUUCAAAAUGUUGUAAUUAUUGGCAAUCUAUUGAAGGAUUAGCUAGUAGUAAACCUGUUCGUAUAUGUUCUGAAUGUCAUGAUUUUUUAAGUCCACAGAUUAUUCAAUAA